AUGGCGGGCGUUCUUUUUGUCCCCAUGAAAGUAGACGCCUUCAUACUGAAUGAGUCUAUCUGCACUAGCCAUGAGAGCAAUCAAGCAAAAAUUGCCCCAAUUACUCAGCCGAACUAUACAUUUCUUCGCUAUGACACCAAAUACUUGGCUGCGGACGUCCUACGCCACACAGACAUUCAUGCUUCUGGCGACCCUAAAACAAACCCACGUUUUACGAAUCUCGGUACUGGAGACCCGAUACAGGGCAGACAAGGCGUCUAUAUACACUGGAGCAUGCCAAGACCAUAUCGAUCUGGACGCCCGGCAUCUCCACAAGGUGCUGGCGGAACCCCUUCAAGUCCUUCAGUCCCUCCUACGAAAGAGCCAGCACCGACGCCAUUUUCACCCGUGCCUACGCGGUGGAUCGUUAUUCGUCACUGCGAGCUGGCGGAGAAAAACGACUCCGUACCUCCGUUGGCUGCUUGGGUUGUGGAGAGUGAUCAUUGCCAAAUGAUCGACCAGCUCGACGACAGUACGGAUCUUCAGACUGAUGUAUCGCCCUUUAUUGCUGCAGCAACACAAACCACUGGUGUCGGAAAAGAAGUUGUCGACACAGUAGACAUCGACAAGCAAGCCGAAGUCUUCAUCGGAUCCAAAUCGAAUGCCGAGACGUGGACGAGCACGGAAUCGAACAAACGCAGCCGCAUCAAUAUUGACCUAACGAAAAGCUCAAACCAACUUUUCCCAGACUUCCAACCGCACAACACAAAUGUCUUCAGCAUGAUCGACGAUCUUCGUAUUGGAGAUGAGCUGCAGCGCAUCCACAAAGCUAAGUUGAGCUACUUUGUUCUGGGUUUCCACCGCGACAGUAAACAAGAUCCACUCGCCAGUCCUGGGGCAUACGGCACUCGUGAUGCCCUAUUGAAAGCUCUGAACAUGGAAGUCAUGGGAGCCGAGUCUAAUAGCAGUCUUCGGAAGUGGCUGGACUUGCCCGAUGCAGCCAAUACUAUAUGCCAUGGUGCCAAGUACGAUGUGGAGUGGGAUGUCUCGUCUCGACCCAAAGUCGUUGCCGAUGAAUUAUGUGCGAAGUUAAUGAAGGAUAAGUCAGUUUCCAUUGGUGUUACGCCUCUGGACAGCAUUAUGGCGCAUGUUCACGACCAAGCAGCCAACGGCCCUCCCGAAUUCGAGCAAGUUUAUAAAGAUAUCUUGCAGAUGGAGAAGCUCCUCAUUGCCCAAGACGAAGACGUGGAAGCACAAUUACGAGCCUCUACUCUCAUCGAGGAUGCGAAAUUCAAGCGUCAAGAAGGCGGCAAGCGCUUUGUAUUUGCCAAUACCAAAGAUGAGAACCAGCCUACAGGUAUCAGCAAGCCUGAAGACCAGCCUGCACAGAGGCUUCCCGAGAAAGACGAACUGCUGGAUCUGCUCGCACUAAACCGCGAUUGUAUCGUGAACGAUACAGCCCUGCGAUUGAAGCAGUCUCGCCAGUGGGACAUGUUCUCACUGUGGUGGCUCUUCCUUCGCGAUCGCGACAGUCUAGUGCUGGAGAGGCAGCCGAAACAUGAGAGAGAAACUCUUCGUUCCAGUAUCGAGGCUCUGGGCAAGGCGAGUGAAGAUCUCAAGGCCAGUAUACCCAUUCAUGGCAAAGACAGCCAUCUGAUCAUGCCGCCGGUCAUUGGUCAGCUGUCUGAUACUCAAAAAACCCGAGCAAAAUUGGUCCAUACUUUGCAAGGCGGUGUCGCGAAGCCCUUUUUUCAACCCUGCGAUCCGACGCUCAUGGUGUCGUGCAUUCCAUCGAGUUGGCCCAAAGACUUCCUCGAUCAUCUCAAAGUCCGUCUGAACACUCAAUGCCCGUUCGAUGGCAAGAUGAAAUCUUUAGAUGCACCAUGGGAGACAUUCUUCGACGACGUACUUGAGAAAUGCUGUCCUUCAGGCCUGGCUCUAGAUGCUAAGCGAUUGGUCGAAGAGUUCGCCUCCUUACAGAAAGAUCGAGGAUCGUUGGACUGUCCUAAAGACACGUUCUUGCCUUUGUAUCAUGAUCGCGAAGUCAAGUCAAACGGCGAAGCAGAUGAGACGCGUUGGCGAGACAGAUGGAACUCAGAGCAGCCAUUCUUCCCUCUGUACCUGGAGUGGGAUAUUGAGUACUUUCAUGUUCCUUACAGGUUCUGGCAUUUUAACGAUACCACCAAAGACGGCUUGAAGCCAUCUCAGGCCCGAUACUCGUUGGACGCCAAGGCAUACCUAGAAUACAGGGCAAGCCGGAAGAAGGAUGAUCGACGAACGCUGUCAGGGAGGUCUCUUAUACUACCCCAACCGACCUUUUCCCUGGAGUCCAAAGUUCGCAGCCUUUUCUCCCAACUCUCCGACACCGCGCUGAAUGAGAUCUUGCCAGAGAAGGAUCGGGAACUUUUACUGAAUUCUGUGCGUCAGUUACCCUACUUGUCAGCUCCUUUGACUGGCUUGACCGACCAUCUCCUCACUCGUUUGCAUGGAACGCAUGUUAAACCCAACAAUCGACCAGCAAACGCUUUGUCGACCGAAUCAGUCCCCAUUGCCGCUGCUGUUCCUAAUGAUCCUCAACAGAUAGCAAACUUUGAGGCAUGGGACCUGAAGCUUAUUGGAGGCGAAUCGGACCUUACUCCUUAUGGAUCCAGUGUCGAACUCAGUGGCAGUUCGUUUGCUGCUUUCAAGCCGGUAACCCACGGUCAAUUCUUCAUCAAAAAGCUCAAUAUUAUCGAUAAGUUCGGCCAAGUCAUUCAUGCUGUUGAUCCAAGCGUCUCGGCUUCCAAGAAAUGGACAGUGCCGUCAUGCGGUGAGUACUACACGGCCGAUUCAAUCUUUGGUGGAAACAAAAGUCCUGGUUCCGGAGACGACACCAUGGUUCCCAGCGAAGCCUGGGUUCAGAUCCCACCGCAAAUCAACCAGUUCUCACGCCUGAACUCGGCGUUCGUCACGCUGACAGAUCCCGGGGAAGGUCGUGACCUGUAUUGGAGACCAACCAACGAAUGGGAGAACCCGGUUUGGGGAUGGGUCGUGAUCAACUACGCCAAUUAUGGACUCCAGUUCUUCACCGGUGAUGGUAAAUUCUACCGUGACGUGCGUGUAGGCGGGCCAGAGGGCUCACUUGCUUCGCCAGAAUGGCUCCCCUUCGAACCGCCCAAAGUCGAUCCGGCCAAGGAUAAGCAUGUUCAGUAUACCCAACUCCAGCGCCUUGUAUCCGAGAUGAUGAAGUCUGCGGAUUAUCUCCGAGCUUUCAUUCGCAUGCUCGACGACUCUAUGGCGACGCUCUUGCCGGCGCCGUCAGGCUACUCGGAGCAAUGGGGCACUGUCACCGGACGCCCGUUGGCCUUGGUCAAUACGGGAUGGUCCUUGGAAUUGGCAGUACAGCCAUAUGUCAAGCAAAACCUUCGUGGAGACUUGGCCAAGGAACCUCUGAUCCUGGCCGACGCUGACUCUUUGAGUCGCGACCAGGCCAAUCUUGACGGCUAUUACGACUUCCCUGUCAAAUUUGGAUCAAGGGAGAAAGCUCACGAUGGACUGGUCGGUUAUUUCGCCGCCAAGGAGAAGGAGGAUGAUGGACUCCGAUUAGAGGAUGGAUUGCUUCUGGACCAAAUCUACACCUACUAUGGACAUAACGAUCAGCAGGACAAGCCGGGAGAGGCGGGACUGCAAGCCUCCGAAAAGCAGCCGUUGCGGCGUCUGGGAAGCAAGAAGCAACGAUUACUCCCGUUCUACUUCAACCCUACGACUCGAGAGGCGACAGACUUUGACAUACUUCGAUGUCGAGAGCAGACGAUCUUUGGGGCAAUCAUGGAUCCAUUUGCAAGCAUACACGCUUACACCAGCAUCCUUCCCGUCCAAGAACUUCGUCUACCAACAUGGAUCAUCAACGAAGCCUUUUCCGACAUGUCCGUAUUCUUCAGUCUUGGACCAAUCUUGCUCCCCAAGAGCAUCCCAGAUUUCGACGACAAGCAGCAGCAGCCCGUCGGCACGGACCCGUUGCCCAGUGCCGGCCAGCAGCUGAGCCUAGGCGUGCCAAUCCCUGCAUCUACGCUGGGAACUUGGAACUGGUUGCAGCCGUACUUCACCUCUGAUACGCCCGCUACGGCUACUGAUGCGGCAAUCAAGUACACGCGGAUGAAAGUGGACAAGGUGGAUGAGCGCAUGCGAUUCGAGAAGUCGCCAUACACGGCCGCUGAGGGGUUCUUGCAGCUGACGAGACAGCGGUGA